CAGAGAGAUGUCAUGCCUGGUGAUGUCACUAUUAGAAGCUCGUUUGCUUUCAGAAGUUACAUCUGCUGUUGUAUUUUUCUCUUCUUCUGGAAAUACUGUUCGAAUGUCUCAGCAACGUCAUGCUCUUGGAAGUGGGGUGUACAGCUGUCCAUGUGCAAAUGAAUCUGUGUAUAGGUCAGGCAGGAUUUUCUCAAGCAUCAGCCCGAACCUCCACGAAUAUGGGAUGGACACUAGUGCACUUGAGGAUCACAAUGGGGGGUGUAAUAGGGUUUUCCUGAUGGGCCUUACAAUGAAGGCCGCCAGGCUGGCAGAUGAGAUGCGCAGUCACGACUUUUGAACUUCAAAAUGAAAUUAUCUGAAGGCGCUUAGUAACCUGCUGACAUACCGCGCGGGUCGGCACUUCCUCAGUGCUUUCAAAGUUUCAAUCUCUAGUUUUUCGGUAUUUUCCGGCGUCGGGCUUUCCCUUUCUAAUACUUGAAUUCAUUCUGAAACAUCCUCCUCAAAUCUCACUGUUAGCGAAGCGCCGGAUGGUGGUAUACCAAGAACGAAUGCCUCCACCAAGUUCCCCCUCUCACUCAUUCCCAUCCUCAACUUGAA